AGAGCUAGACUUGAACGCCUGCCAUGGAGCCGCAGAAAGAGGCCCGAGCAGCCAGGGACCCCGUGGCGUGGCUGCCUGCGGCCUCGGCAUCUCAGACGCCCAACGAGGAGGAGCGGCGGGAGGACGGCACAGCGCCACCGGCGUCUGGUCUGGGCGAGGAAGCCGACGGCGCCAGUGCGGACGGGCUAUGGGAGCUGCCAGUGGAGCGGGCGGAGCGGAGGCCCGAGUGCAGCCGCUGCAGCCGGCCUCAGAAAGUGUGUCUGUGUCCAUUUCUACCACUUCAUCCUCUGCACAUUUCUACCCACUUGUAUAUAAUUCAGCAUCCAGCAGAGGAAAGCAAAGUGUUGCGGACAGUUCCUCUACUAGCAGCAUGCCUACCCCAAGACAAGUGUAAAGUCAAGAUUGGUCGUCGCUUCAGUGAAGACAGAGAUCCUGAACUUUCAGCUAUUUGUCAGAAGUCUGGUACAUUAAUAUUAUAUCCAGGGGAUGAAGCUGCUAAUUUGGAAGAAUUUAUAUUAGAUUCUCCUGUUUAUCCUUCUACAAUCAUCAUCAUCGAUGGUACAUGGAGCCAGGCUAAGGACAUUUUCUAUAAGAAUUCCUUGUUCCGACUGCCCAAACAGGUACAGUUAAAAACUAGCAUUUCUAGUCAAUAUGUAAUUCGGACACAACCAACUAAUAGGUGCCUUUCUACACUGGAGUGUGCAGCUGUUGCUCUUUCCAUCUUGGAGAAAAAUAAUGACAUACAAGAGACUUUGCUUCGCCCUCUCCAAGCUUUGUGCUCUUUCCAGCUCCAGCAUGGCGCUCAAAUUCGCCUCAGCAAGGAACACCUUCUGAGAAAUGGAUUAUAUCCUAAGCCGAUGCCAAAGAACAAACGCAAACUCAGGAAAAUGGAGCUGUUAAUGAACAGUGUUAAAAUUUAGUACAAAUGUUCUUAUGGUGCUAUUUAUGGUGUCUUCAGCUGACAAUACCAGGUUAAGUUUUCAUACAGUUUAAAUCUGUGUGUUUUUUGACUGUCUAAAGAACAAGCAUUGCAUACCAAACUUGCCCUAAAGAAGGAUAUAAAUCAAAUAGCCAUAAAAGCUAAAAAAAAAAAAAUUACACCGACUCAGUAAAAAGCAAAAUUUUAUACUGAAUUUGUUUUAAAAAAAAUGUGCCUCUAAUACAUUUUUUCAGAUCCGUGAUUUGAAAUGUGAUUAGUUGUAGAGCUGGGUUAGAUCUUCUUGUUUAUAAAAUGGAAGGAAAUUGUUGUGCCUGAUUGGGACAGUAUGUUUCCAUUACUAUUUUAUAGAUAAUUACAUGUAGCUCUAUAAUAGAGGAUACCUAUAUCAAUUUGCAAUAGUGUACAUGAACUUUAUAGUUUGAAAUAAGUAACAAAAGGAAAUAAUGAUAAGUAGUUUAGAUCGAACUUACAUGUUUUAUAAAAUGGUAUAACAGUGUAAGGAAAGUAAGUACUCUUUAGGGACCAAACUUGAACUCAGUUAAUGUGAUUAAAUGUUCUGUUAAUGCCCCUAAUUUUUUUAUUAAGGUAUAAUUGACAUAUAACAUUAUAUUAGUUUCAGGUAUACAGCACAAUGAUUCGAUGUUUAUAUAUUGCAAAAUGAUCACCACAGCACAUCUAGUUAACAUUCGUCACGAUAAAUAGUCACAUUUUUUUUUCUUGUGAGAACUUUUAAGAUUUCUUCUUAGCAACUUACAAAUAUUCAGUACAGUAUUGUUAACUAUAGUCACCAUGCUGUACAUCGUAUUCCAAGGACUUAUUUAUAUUAUAACUGGAAGUUUUUACCCCCUUUGCCCAUUUUGCCCACCCUGAACCCCCAUCUCCGGCAACCACCAAUCUGUUCUGUGUAGCUAUGAGCUUUUUUUUUUUUUUUAAUGAUUCCAC